GUGUGUGUGUGUGUGUGUGACACAUUCAGUUUAUAUCAGGGGUGAAAGCUGUGUGUGUUGAGCAUGAAGACUCCCGGUGCUGUGCUGCUGUUGCUGUGGUCUGGUCUAGUUGUGGUUGCAGGAGUUGGUAAAGAUCUCCAAGACAAAACUGCUGCCACAGCCUCCAUCCAAUACACCUGCCCACCUGACAUCUACACUGAGCUGAGAGAGAUGAGGGCACUGAUGGCAGAGCAGAGAGUGGAGCUUAGAUACAGACUGAGAGCCAGUGAGAAUAAAGCAGAGACCAUGGAGACCAGACUGAGAGCCAGUGAGAAUAAAGUAGAAGAGCAGAGAGCUGUUAUUAAGGAGCUGAAGGAGAACCAGGAGGAGCAAGCAGCAGCUGUGAGAGCUGUAGGAGGCAGUGUGAAACUCACAGGGAGUCAGGUGGAGGAGUUGAGGAGGGAGAGAGAGGAGAGGAGGGUGUCUUUCUCUGCCUCACUUGUAGCAUCUGGACGUGUAACUAUAGGACCCUUUAACACAGCAGUUCCCCUGGUCUACAAACACAUCUUCACCAACAUUGGGAACGCCUACAACUCAAAUACAGGUGUGUUCACAGCCCCAGUCAGAGGGGUUUACCACUUUUAUUUUGCCCUACACAGCCAAGGUCAUGCCUCCUUCCCUAGUGUCAUCUCUCUGCAUAAAAAUGGUGAGCUUGUGGUCACUGCAUGGUCUCAUCAGCCCACCUACAAUGUCAACCACUCCAAUGGAGCUUCUCUGCUGCUGGAGGUGGGAGAUGUGGUGAACCUGGUACUGAAGGACAACUCAAGUGUGUUUGAUAAUCUGCACGUUCGUCACACCACUUUCUCUGGACACCUGCUCUUCACAGUGUAACAGAACCAGUGACUGGUGCAGAACCCGGUACAUAAACCCAAAGAAAAUCCACACAGAACUACAUCCUUAAACUAGUGACUAAGAUUACCUGUGGAGUGAAAGGAAUCAUUGAUUAUAUUGAUCACUUCUUAAAUGAAUAGAUUUAGUUGUUGUUGCUGUUGUAUUUUGCUGUCCUCCAUUUUACUCUGGUUCAGGAGGUCCUGUGAUUGUCCCUGUCUGUUGUUUCCUUAUUUGUUUUAUCUGCUUUGUAAAUCUCUGAUUAGUGCUACUCAAAUCAGGUGAUCAUUAUUUUCAUAACUGCUGUAAUACACAGGUGUGUGGCUGAGGCAUUCAGGAGAAUACCGUAUUUUCCGCCUACAAAUCGCACCGUAUAUAAACUGCAUUACAGUAUUUCAUGUAAUAUUAUAAAAUAAACCUGUGUUUUGACCGUA